UCUUCAAGCUCCCAGACCUUCACUUUGAACAGAGCCCACCUUACCCAACAACAACAACCAUUAUAAAAUCUACCAUCAUCGAAUACCAACAACACAUAAGCAAACCCCUACCAAAAGAAUUCCACCGCGAGAAAAUCAUAGCACCGAUACCCAAAGGAAACAUCAAACCAAAACGAAAGCAAACCCCAUCAAACAAUGGACCUCCUCUCGAGCGUCCGCAAAUCCGGCUCCCGCGGCGGCGUCAACUUCAGCUGGGACGAAGUUGCCAACUCGUCCCACCGCGAAAACUACCUUGGCCACAGCCUCAAAGCCCCCGUCGGCCGCUGGCAAAAGGGCCGUGACCUGAACUGGUACGCCAAGGGCGACGGCGACGACGCGGGAGCGGUCGAAGGCGAGACGGAACAAGAGAGGCAGGAGCGUGCGCGCAAGGAGGAGCUGCGCAAGAUUAAAGAGGCCGAGGAAGACGCGCUCGCGCGCGCGCUGGGGUUGCCUGUGCCGCAGCGGGAUUCGUCGGGCGCGAAUGCGGUUGAGGUGAGCGGGUCUAGGGGGAUUGGUGGUGCAGGUGAUGCGAAGCCUGUAGAGGAGGAAGGAGUCAAGGGCGGGCUCGUUGUCAGUGAGAAGAGGGAGCGCAGGGAUCGGGACGAGGAUCGGGAGAGAAGGCGGAGGCGGAGUCGGAGUCGUAGCCCCCGGCGAGAGAGGAGGAGGGAUGGCGAGAGGAGGCGGAGUCGGGAGAGGGACAUGGAUCGCGGGGAGGAGAGGCACCGCCAUCGCCGUGGUGAAGGACGGGAACAUGGUGGCCGCGAACGGAGGGAUCGCGAUCGCGACCGCGAUGAGGGACGGGAGAAGCGGCAUCACCGUAAGGCGAGAAGCCGGAGCCGUGAGGGUGGCGAGCGAGAGCGCGGGCCGAGAGAGCAUCGACGGCGGAGUAGGAGUAGGGAGGGCCAGCGGCCGCGAUCGAGGGAUCGCCGGCGCAGUCCCGAUGAGCGCCGUCGAUAAAGGUCGGUAGACUGGUGAGAGUGGUGAGACCGAAGAGAUAGAUAGAUCAAUGAUACCCAUGUCACUUUUGAUGCGCAAACAAGCCCAUAAGAAGUUACGUUUCACAAAAACAUCCACUCUCAAGAUAGCG